GAUGCUCGCGCAUGCGCGCCAAAGCACAGCUGCUGUUUGGCUGUUUCCAUGGCUACGAAGAGCGUUGACCAGGGGUCUGGGAAGGAGAAAAUGAAGCUCAAGGGCCUCCUACUCCGGUAUUACCCGCCAGGAAUUAUGUUGGAAUAUGAAAAGAGUGGAGAAUUGAGGACCAAAUCCAUAGAUUUGCUCAACCUCAGUUCCAGCACUGAUGUCAAUGCCUUAGUAGAAGAAAUACAAAAAGCAGAGCCUCUAAUCACAGCUUCACGAUCAGAUCAAGUAAAGCUUUUAAUACAGAGGUUACAAGAUAAACUCAGACAGCACAGCAAUCACAAAUUUUAUCUUUUUAAGGUUCUCAGAGCACAUAUACUGCCAUUGACUAAUGUUGCACUUAAUAAAUCAGGCUCAUGCUUUAUCACAGGAAGCUAUGAUCGGACAUGUAAAGUCUGGGACACUGCAUCUGGAGAGGAACUUCACACCCUGGAGGGCCACAGGAAUGUGGUCUAUGCCAUAGCAUUCAACAAUCCAUACGGUGACAAAAUUGCCACUGGGUCCUUCGAUAAGACUUGUAAGCUAUGGAGUGUAGAAACAGGAAAAUGUUACCAUACCUUUAGGGGUCACACGGCAGAAAUAGUGUGUUUAUCCUUCAACCCUCAAAGCACACUCGUGGCCACUGGGAGCAUGGACACAACAGCCAAACUGUGGGACCUCCAGAAUGGAGAGGAGGUGUUCACUUUAACGGGACAUUCCGCUGAAAUCAUCUCUUUGUCCUUUAAUACCUCAGGAAAGAGAAUUAUCACGGGAUCUUUUGAUCAUACUGUUGCAGUGUGGGAAGUUGAUACUGGAAGGAAGGUGUAUACCUUAAUCGGGCAUUGUGCUGAGAUUAGCAGUGCUUUAUUCAACUGGGAUUGCUCUCUGAUAUUAACUGGCUCUAUGGACAAAACCUGCAUGCUGUGGGAUGCCACAAAUGGAAAAUGUGUGGCAACACUAACAGGCCAUGAUGAUGAAAUUCUAGACAGCUGUUUCGAUUACACUGGAAAACUUAUUGCAACUGCUUCAGCCGAUGGAACAGCAAGAGUUUUCAGUGCAGCCACAAGAAAAUGCAUGACCAAAUUGGAAGGCCAUGAAGGAGAAAUUUCAAAGAUUUCUUUCAACCCCCAAGGAAAUCAUAUUCUGACUGGCAGUGCUGACAAAACAGCGAGAAUCUGGGAUGCUCAGACUGGUCAGUGCCUCCAGGUCCUUGAGGGGCACACAGAUGAGAUCUUUUCAUGUGCUUUCAACUACAAAGGCAACAUAAUCAUUACAGGUAGCAAGGAUAACACGUGUAGGAUAUGGCGCUGACUGAAGA